GCAUGGGUAGGAGGCAAUAUUAUUCCAUGACAAAACAAUGGAUAAGAGAGACACAGUGCUCUGCAUUGGCAGAGAUGGAACCUCCAAAUAAUACAGGACUUCAUUGACACCACUUGCCCACCGGCUCAGGACAGAGAAGGAUCUACACUACUUCACCUCAUCUACUAGAAGUUUUGGCACAAUCAAUUGACCCAUUUGGUCACCUUACCAAUUAUUAGACAGGGAUAUUUGACCUACUUGGAUUACUCAAACUCAAAGCACUUUUCCACCUCGAUCUACAUGCUUCACAACCCUCCUCUAUAGACUGAAGAGAUCUGAAGAAGAGAUCUGAACCAUGCGGAGUGGUCCUUCUACCGUCCUCUCCUGUGCCCUGCUACUCCUGUGGACCCAGACCCUGACCCAGGCCUGCCAGGGGGACGAGCUGCCUCGUGACGUGGUGUUGGACUGGUUCAAACAGCGCCUCCUGGAUGGGUUAGGGCUGGAGCAGCCCCCCGAGCCCAGCCACCAGGCCCCUGACGGGGGCAGAGAGAGAGCAGACGCGGGGCGAGGUCACCGGAGAUCCACCAGGGUAGGGAGGGCAGCCUGGGCACAGGACCACAGGAGGCAUCACCAGGAGAGCCAUGAGCAAGUCAUCCUCUUCCCCAGCUCUGACUCUACCUGUGAUAGCUCAGACUCCCCAUCAGAGAAGACAGCCACCAGCCACUUCACCUACUACUUCCAAUCCUCACUAGACAACCAGGAGUCUGCAAUCACCUCAGCCCAUUUCUGGUUCUACGCCGGCGAGGGGGCCAGCAGGAACAUCACCCCUCUCUUCCUCCUCACUUCAGACCAGCAGCUCCUCCAGGUGGCUGAGAUUCCGUCCAAGACCACCGCUGAUGGCUGGACCACCUACCACUUGGAGCACCACCUCCUCACCGCCCUGACCCAAGGCCCCUUCGUACUCCAGGUGCGCUGCCCCGCCUGCGAAUGCCAUGCAAACGAAGCCGACAAAAUGCCAUUCCUCCACCUGCACACCCGACCUCACGGCCCAGACCGCUCCCCGCGGCGAGCGGCCGCCACCAUUCCCUGGUUCCCAUCGGCCAUCGACCUCCUGAUGCGGCCAUCGCAGCAGAAGCCAGAGUACAGCGACUGUCAGCGCGAGAUGAUCAACAUCUCGUUCCAGGAGCUGGGCUGGGACAACUGGAUCGUUCACCCGAAGGUUCUCAACUUCUACUACUGUCAUGGCACCUGCUUGGCUUUGGACCGCACCACUGCUAUGCUGGGGAUCAAACAGUGCUGCGCUCCGGUCCCCGGGACCAUGAAGUCACUACGGUUCACCACUACGUCUGACGGAGGGUACUCCUUUAAAUACGAGACCCUGCCCAACAUCAUACCAGAGGAGUGCACCUGUAUCUAGGCCUAAAAUCUCUGAGAUGGGCUCAGUUUUUCAAAGUAAAAUUAGUUAUGCUGGUGUAAUCUAGGACUGGGCAAUUUAGAUUUUGAAUUUUUAAAAAUCAUUUUUAGAGAGCACCUAGGCUAGACCUGUAACUGAUAGGUCUGUAUUUGUCAUGCACCGAGAUUAUAUUGCAAAAUAAAGUUUGUUAAUGAUACAGCUACACAAGAUGCAUUUUUAAUAAAAAAUUAUUUUAACUGAAA